AUGAAUCUCGUUCGACUGGCUCAACAUCGCAUCCAUGCCACUCCUGUUGCUGCUCGGCUCCAGAGUCGUCUCCUCCCCCUGCCAUUGCCAUGUCUGACAACUUCAAGCAUCCGGUUCAGUCAUUCGUCCUCUUCCUCGUCCUCGUCUGAUGACAAGGCCCGCGCACCAUUCAACCACAACAUGAGCUUGAGACUUCGUGGCAAGAACGUGUUAAUCACUGGCGCUUCCUCAGGUAUUGGUGAGGCGUGCGCACGCCAUUUCGCUCAAGCAGGAUCCAACUUGUUGUUGGCUGCGCGUCGCAAGGACAGGCUGGAAAAGCUGAAAAAAGAUCUGGAAUCCCAACAUCCUCAGAUCAAUAUCAGAACGUUUGAGCUGGAUGUCCGUAAUCGUGCCAAGGUCCAGGCCACUGCUGCCACAUUUGGAGAUGUCGAUGUCCUCGUCAACAAUGCCGGCCUUGUGAUUGGAUUGGAGAAGCUGGAGGAUAUUACAGAGGAAGCGAUGGACACGAUGAUUGACACGAAUGUCAAGGGUCUAGUUCAUGUUACUCAGGCAGUGUUACCCGGCAUGCGCGUUAGAGACAAAGGCCAUAUCAUCAAUAUUGGAUCUGUGGCUGGACAGCAGGCUUAUGGAAACGGGUCAAUCUAUUGCGGAUCCAAGGCUGCGGUGGCGUCGAUCUCCAAGGCUCUUCUUUUCGAGACUAUCGAUACGGCGAUCCGCAUCUCUGAGAUCAACCCAGGAAUGGUGGAGACCGAGUUCUCGGUGGUGCGGUUCAAGGGCGACAAGAGCAAGGCGGACUCUGUUUACAAGGGCGUCCAGCCACUGGAUGGCAAUGAUAUUGCCGAGACAGUUGUCUUUGUUGCUGGAAGGCCGGAACAUGUCAACAUCGCCGAGAUGCUUGUUUUUCCUACCAACCAGGCAGCAGCAACCACUGUCUACCGCAAGCCUUGA